GAAAGCCAUGUGGGCCGCCCGACAUCAUGAAUGGCAACUUUGACUACACGACCAACCUCCUGUUUGGGGCGACGAUAAACUUCACCUGUAACGUCGGGUACCGCUUAGUUGGGGAGCCGUCUGCACAAUGUGUACUUAAUGGCAACGAAGUGUCUUGGAGCAAGAUUCCAGUCUGUGAAAUUAUUCCCUGUUUACCACCUCCUGCGAUCGAGAAUGGGCAUGUCACCAGCAGAUACAGAGACUUUCUCUUUGGCAUGGCUGUCACCUACAGCUGUGACAGAGGCUUUGCUCUUAUUGGAGAUGCCACGAUUCACUGCACGACGGAUGAUGACCUCGAGGGAGUAUGGAGUGGUCCAGCCCCUGAAUGCAAAGUGGUCAGCUGUAAAAAUCCAGAAGUGAAAAAUGGGAGAAGGUUAUCUGGCUUCGGCACUGAGCACACCUAUAAAAACACAGUGACCUUUGAGUGUAAUCCUGGUCAUUUACUGAAUGGUAGUAGCAUAGUUACUUGUGAAGCAGACAAUAGCUGGAAGCCACCUCUGCCAACAUGUGACCCAAUCUACUGUGGCCCCGCUCCACGCUUCCCUUUUGCUGAAUUAACAAUCGCUGUGGCUGACAGCUUUUUGGCUGGAACCAAGCUGAGGUAUCAGUGUAGACCGGGUUACACCGCAGCGCGUGGGAAGUCCUCUGUUGUCAUUUGUCUGGAUAAUACAACUUGGUCUGCAGACCCAGACUUCUGCGUACGACAGCAAUGUGCUGCUCCUACCAUACAGAACGGGAACGUGAUUGCAGACAAUUUCCUGUUUGAGAGUGUUGUGAUGUUCACCUGUCACCCUGGGUAUGAACUAAAGGGGUCAUCUUCUGCCAAAUGUGUGGUAUCAGGAGGUGGAGUUGAUUGGGACACGGCAUCUCCCCGCUGUGAAAAGCUCCCCGAUGACGUUCUCUGCGAAGAGCCCCCCGCCAUUGACAACGGCAUGCACAACGGCACAAAGGGCACACACUUCGUCCAAGGCUCCACUGUCGUCUAUAAAUGCAAGGAUGGCUUCACCCUCGCUGGAGCAGCCUUCCUGCAGUGUGUCGCAGGAGAUCAAGUCCGGGGAGUCUGGAGCGAGCUUGCUCCCGAGUGCAGAGGUGGAGCAAACAUGAUCAUUGUUGCUAUCCUGUGCCCUUUCCCAAGCAUCAGGCAUGGGAAGAGAGUAUCCAUGGCUCGCAGUUCCUACAGGACUGGGGACACUGUAAGCUUCGAGUGCAACGCGGGGUACAUCUUGCAGGGCUCACGCACGAGCACGUGCCAAGCUGACUUCAGAUGGAGCCCACCUCUGCCGGUGUGCAAAAAGGGCAAGUGUCUGGUGUGCGAGGUGACGUGUCCUCGACCACCAAACAUCGCCAACGGGCUGCACAGCGGACAGUCCUUGGACAAGUUUUCCCGAGGAGUGACCGUGUACUACGGCUGCCAUGAGGGCUACGAGCUGGUUGGGAACGUGUCCAUCAACUGCACAGAGACCGGGGUGUGGAGCAGACCCCUGCCCCUCUGCCAGGCAAUCGGCUGCGAGACACCUGAGGUGCAGAACGGGAAGGUUUACGAAUCACAAAGCACCUUCAAAGCUGGAGAAAUUCUUCGCUUUUACUGCGAUGCUGGUUACGCUGCAGAGGACACCUACGAGACUCAGUGCCAGCCCGGGGGAACCUGGGAUCCACCGCUGCUCGUCUGCGAGAGGGUCCGACCGUGCCCCAUGCCUCCAGGGGUCCGCAAUGGAAAUCACAACGGCCAGGGCAAAGCAUUUUUUACCAUGGGAACGUCUGUAACGUACACCUGUGAUCCCGGCUACUACCUGGUUGGAAACGCCGUCGUGUUUUGCAGAGCAUCAGGGAACUGGAGCCAGCCCGGCCCUCGCUGUGAAGCGACCGUCUGCAUAAAUCCAGAUAUAGAGAAUGGAAGGCAAGUCGAUGGUCAAGGGCUUAUCUACGCACCUGGGCAAACGGUGACGUUUCAGUGUCACGAUGGUUACAGCCUGCAAGGCAGCGCUGAAGUCUUCUGCCAGGAGGAUGGCAGCUGGCACCCUCCUGUCCCCAGCUGCAAUAGGCUGAACCAUUACCAGGAGUUCUCAAACAGGCCUGAAUUUUCAGGUGGUUGUGGUGCUCCUCCAAGGUUACAGUUUGCUGAGCUAAACGUGGAGCAUAAAAAUAAGAUUGAUUUUUCUGUUGGGAAGACUGUGCAAUACACUUGCCGGCCUGGAUAUGCUAAACGCCCAGGAAUGUCACCUACUAUUACGUGCCUUGAGAGCGGAGAGUGGUCAGAAGCACUAGAGUUCUGUAUCCCUUGCGAGCCGCCUCCGGACAUUCCCAACGGGAAGCACACAGGCAGGUUGCUGGAUGAAUUCCACUUCGGCACAUCUGUAACAUACACCUGCAACCCUGGGUUCCCGCUCCACGGAGAGCCCUCCAUCCACUGCACCACCCAGGACGGGAAGAACGGCGUGUGGAGCGCGCCCCCGCCGCGGUGUGGAGAGGCAGGAUGUCCUGUCCCGCAGAUUCAAAAUGGGAGAGUAGUGUCUCCUAGGACUGCCUACACCCACAAGGACACCGUUGCCUUUGAGUGUGAGCCAGGCUAUGCUCUACACGGCCACAGAGUGGUACAAUGCCAGCUGAAUAACACCUGGGAGCCACCCGUGCCAGUCUGCGAGCAGGCUGGCUGCAAAGCACCUACCACACUGGCGUUUGCUGAGCUGAAGGAGCCGCACAGCAACCAGACGGUCUUUCCCGUGGGGAGGACGGUGGAAUACGUGUGCCGGCCUGGCUACACCCAGCACCCGGGGAUGCCACUGACCAUCACGUGCCUCCAGAAUCGGACAUGGUCCACGGCACUGGAGUUCUGUAAAAGGAAACAAUGUGCUCACCCAGGUGAUCCGGAGAACGGCAGAGCUGAUGUCCUCACGGACCUCCUCUUCGGGUCCAAAGUGAAUUACUCUUGUGACAAAGGGUACAAGUUGGUUGGAGACUCCCAGAGAACAUGCGAGGUCUCUGGCACACACGUCUCGUGGAGUGGAGAUGCUCCUGUCUGCCAGCAGGUGAGGUGUCCUCCCCCUCCAGGCAUCCCCAAUGGGAAGCCCAGCAGCCAGCCCUCGGACACCCACGCGCCCGGCUCGGCUGUGCGCUACACCUGCCAGGACGGCUACUCCCUCAUCGGGAACGACUCCAUCAGCUGCACCACCGAGGGAAUGUGGAGCCGGCCCCGGCCCCGAUGUGAAGCAACCGGCUGCCAAAGACCAGAGAUCAAGAAUGGAAGAACGAUUGGGCUGGAGACCACGUACCAAGUCAUGGACAUCAUUGUCUUCGAAUGUGAUUUUGGUUACUCCUUGAAAGGUUCUCAAGAGUCUCAGUGCCAGUUUGGGAGCAAGUGGGACCCUCCUGUCCCCAUCUGUGAAAAGAUGCUAGAGUGUCCUUCCCCUCCAACUAUCAAAAAUGGUCAGCAUGAGAUAAAAGAUGUGAAGAUGUUCAUCCCUGGAACAUCAGUGAAGUACUACUGUGACCCAGGCCCCAACAUCCAGAAUGGCGGCGUGGCUGGAGGCCAGAACUCGGUGUACCACCCUGGGGCCAACGUCACCUUCCAGUGCCGCCCGGGUUACACGCUGUGGGGCAGCCCUGAUGCCAAGUGCCAGCCCGACGGCCACUGGGUGCCCGCUCUCCCCACCUGCAAGCCAGCGCUGCCUUGUCCUCCGCCUCCCAUCAUCGCCAACGCCACGCACAGCGCAGAGCCUGGGGCAAACUUCACCAGCGGCAUGUCCGUGAGCUACAGCUGCCAGCCCGGCUUCUCCCUCCUCGGGGACCCGGCUGUCUCGUGCACAGCCACGGGGAACUGGAGCCUCCCGUACCCGCGCUGCACAGGUGGCUGUGGCACACCUCCAAACUUAACCUUUGCUGAGCUAGCUGAGGAAUACAAAAAUCUGACAGAGUUUCCCGUUGGGGACACUGUGCGAUACAGCUGCCAGCCAGGAUACGUGAGACGCAUCGGAGUGUCCCCAGCGCUGACGUGCCUCAAAAACCACACGUGGUCUGAAGCGCUAGAGUUCUGUAAAAAGGUGGUAUGUCCAGCCCCACAGAUCAAGAAUGGGAGAGUAGCUGUUCCUAAAGACCGCUACACAUACCAGGAUACUGUGAGCUUUAAGUGCCGUAGAGGUUUCACCUUGCGAGGCCAUCGCACAGCCCAGUGCCAAGCCAACAAGACGUGGGAUCCCCCUGUCCCCAUCUGUGAGCAGGCAGUGAAGUGUGUGCCUCCUCCAAGCAUUGCUAACGGAGAACACAGCAGUCAUUUCUCCUCCACAUUUGAGGUAGGAGCACUUGUGCACUACCGCUGCAAACACGGCUUCUCCCUCAUCGGGAACAAGUCUGUUCGCUGUACAACAUACGGAGUCUGGAGCCGUCCCCUUCCUCGGUGCAAAGCUGUGAAGUGUCUCCAUCCUCCAAGCAUCACCAAUGGGAAGCUCAAAGGCAACAUCUCCGACACUUUUUCCUAUGGAGCAUCUGUAUCCUACAGCUGCAAUCCUGGUUAUUCACUCGUUGGGAAUGCUUUCAUCAACUGCACGGUGUCAGGAAGCUGGAGCCAGCCUCCUCCUCGGUGCAAAGAGAUCAGAUGUGUAAUCCCAGAAGUUCAAGGUGUUAAGAAAGCCAUAAAAGGAAACACUUAUCGCUCUGGGACCAACAUCACUCUUGAAUGUGAUGACGGUUACACGUUGGAAGGCAUCGGUCAGAUUCAGUGCCAAGAGGAUUUCAGCUGGGACCCUCCUGUACCAGCCUGUAAACUGACAUCACACAAGUCUGGCUCAGUAGGUCUAGGAGCCGCAGCUGCAGGAGUCCUGCUUCUCCUGGGGGCAGGCUUCACCUGGAAAAUCAUUUCCAAGCAGAAAAAAGGCUAUUAUUAUACUGGUGAAAACUACAGCUACCGAACCCCUCUGAACCAGAUAACCAAACGGGAACGUUCAUGUCUUCCAUAG